AUGCCAGCCCAAUACGAUCGAUACGUGAUCUUCGGGAUUCUGUCCUCGGAGUCACCCCCCGCCCUGGAGGCGGGCCAGCCGAUCGUGCAGGUCUUCUGGCGCGUGUUCAACCACAAGGCCGCCACCUUCUCCGAGCCGGCCACUGUGGUUCGCCUGUCCACCGAUGGCCCCCUGCUCGGCCAGGCCCUCGAGCAGUUCUCCACCGCCAUGGCCAAUGUCUCCGGCACCCACAUUGUGGUGGUCAAGGAGCAGUCCCACAUUUCGUCCAUCCUGGUUCAGGCCUGCGCCGACGCCGGGAUCACCCCCCCCGGGUCCCUGUCGCAGGUGGUUUCCCUGGAUGACGCGGUCUCGCGCUUCUAUUCGGAUGUCCCGUCGCUCGAGCCGGCGGCGGUUCUCAAGCACAUGGGCAUCACUGCCGAGGACGACUCCCUGCCGGCUUACCUGUCGGCCGUCAUGAAGAAGCUCAUCUCCAAUGGUCACCAUCUGAAUGCCUUCAGCACCGGCAUCGCCCCCCUGGCGACGAGCACCGAGUCCGGCGAGGCCGACAACAGCGAGGUGGCCCCCACCUCCGACACCGCCGGGUCCCCGGUCGUUGAGACGCAGCAGGCCUCCUCGGCCCCGGCCUCGCCGAGCGCCACUGCUGCCUCCGGCACCGCGGACGCCACGUCGGCCGUCGCGACGGCGGCGGCCGACACCGCGGCCAGUGCCGACACCGCGGCCGCCACUCCUGCCGAGCCGGCCGCCGCCUCGGCCACGGCCACCACCCCGACCGAGGAGCCCAAGCCGGCGGAUGCCGGAGCCGGGUCGGCGGAUGCCGCGCCGCCUGGCGGCGCCGAUACCGGUGCCGGCGAGCCGACCAGCAACCUCACCGGCACCCGGGUUCUGAGCUACGAGCCGGCGGACGAUACGAUCAUCCGCUGCCGCGGGUGUCCCUGGGGCACGACCGCCGCCGAGGCGGUGGCCUUCUUCUCGCCGCUGCGUGUGCGCCACGUGCACUUCGACCUGAACCACAACAGCGAGCCGAAUGGCGAGAUUUAUGUGGUCUUUGCCAGCGCCGCCGACGCGCAGACCGCCAUCACCAAGUACAACCACAAGACCCUCGGGUCGCGGUACAUCGAGGUGUUCGCCGGGUCGGCCGCCGCGCUGACCACCUCCCGCCGGCGGAGCAUGAAUGUCCUGUCGGACCCGAGCCGGCCGAUUUCGGUGCCCGGAACCUUCCUGGUGCACCUGCGCGGGCUGCCCUUCGACGUGACCGAGGACGAUGUGGCGGAGUUCUUCACCGGCAUGUCGAGCCCGGUCAGCCCGGAUGAUGAUGUGUAUAUCAUCCGCUAUCGCAGUGGCAAGCUCACCGGCGAGGCGUACGUCCGGCUCAAGACCGAGGCCGACCAGGCCCGGGCCAUGGAGAAGCAGCGCCAGAACAUCGGCAGCCGGUACAUCGAGCUUUUCCGGUCCUCGGACCAGGAGCUCAUCAACGCAAUGCAGUCGGCCACUGAUGAUGGUGGAUCGUACGGUGGCGAUUUCGGUGGACGCGGUGGGCGCGGUGGGCGCGGCCCGGGUGGCCCGGGCGGGCGCGGCGGCUUCCGCGGUGGGCGCGGCGGGCGCGGCGACUACGGCUACGAUCGCGACGACUGGGACCGCAGCGGUGGCUGGGGCGGCGCCCCGGGCGGUGGGUAUGACCGUGGUGGCUACGGUGGCGGCCCUGGCGGCGGGUAUGAUCGCGGCGGCUAUGGCGGCGGCCCUGGCGGCGGGUAUGAUCGCGGCGGCUACGGUGGCGGCCAUGGUGGCUAUGGCGGUGGCGGCUACGGCGGCGGCGGCUAUGGCGGUGGUGGCUAUGGUGGCGGCCCGGGUGGUGGCUAUGGUGGUGGUUAUGGCGGCGGCCCGGGCGGCGGCGGCGGCUACGGCUAUGGCGCCGGCGGCUAUGACCGCAGUGGCCCUGGCGGUGGCUAUGACCGUGGCGGCUAUGACCGUGGCGCCGGCGGCGGUGGCGCCGGCGGGGCUUAUGAUGCCCCCGAUGCCGGGUAUGGGCGUGGCAUGCACCAUGGCGGUCCGCCGCCUGGCGGCCCAGCCGACUACUAUGGCGGUGGCGGCCCGCGCCAUGGCCGUGACCAGGACCGUGAGUAUGACCGCACGCGCGACCGGUAUGCCCUGCCGGUGGGUGGCCCUCCCCCGCCGCUGCCGGGGGCGCACCAUGGCGGCCCGCCACCCUCGAUGCCCCCCAGCGGCGGUUACCAGCAGCAGCAGCAGCAGCCGCCGCCGCAUGCGCAUGGCGCGGCCCCGGCGGCUCCGCCGCCGUCUGGUGGGCCUUCCGCCUCUUCCGGCGGGUCGGACGCCUUCCUCCGCCUGCGGGGGCUGCCCUUCGUGUCGACCCCUCAGGACAUUGUCACCUUCUUUGCGGAGAAUUCCAACGUCACCCCCAAGGGCAUCCAGAUGCUGAGCAGCAUGCACACCAAUGGCAGCUACCGGCCCAAUGGCGAGGCGCUGGUCCAGCUGUCCUCGGUGGAUGAGCUCCAGCGUGGCAUGACCUGCCACCGGCGGAUUCUCGGCUCGCGCUGGAUCGACGUGACGCCCAUCUCCUCGGAGGAGGUCAUCCAGAUCAUCAGCAAGCAGCCUGGCGCCGGGGGCGGUGCCCCGGCCCCGGGGCCGGGCGGCCCGGGCGGCGGCGGCGCCGACUCCUCCUACGCCGCCUCUUCGGCUGGCCACCCGGGCAGCGGGUCUGCGGUUGGCUACGAUCCGGCGGCCUACCCCGGUGGCUACUAUGGAGCCCAUUGA